AUGGUUUAUCCCUUACCGACCUUUGCCAAAUAUUAUAAAAAUCCCGAAAAACUCCUUGCCAGGUGUGUUAAAGGUCACAAGAAUGGGCCAAGAUUGAUACGACCGCAGCCCCCGGAGGCAAAUGAUAUCUCAAAAAGCGACCCGCCUGCUAGUUUGUUGAACAGCCAUCUCCCUCCUGAAGAACUAGACCCUGAAGAACUAGACAACUACGAUAACGCAUCCUACCAAGACUCAGACUCCGAUAAUAUAGUGAUAGAUUUUGAAGGCGAAGACAGUUUUCGCAAACAUGUCUUCUGCUCCUACAUGUCGGUAACUAGCGACGAGAUCGUCUGUGACCUCGAUGAUGGCAGGCUAAUGCCCCAGCUGAUUGAAGCAUACGACGUCCUCUUUCCGGAUGAACUUGAAAAUGGCAUUGCAGACGGUACAAUCAGUCUGGAUAUCUCUUUGGGAGAAGAAGAUGAUGAUGACUCCGAAGAAGAUGACGAUUCGUCCUCUGCUUCGUCUGAGGAAACGGGUCCUGAAGAUAUAAACCAGGAUGUCCCCCGGCCAGGUAUCGGCGAGAAGAAACGUUUCGUUGAAAGAAUAUUUACAUGGAUGAAACGGGUUCCUGCCACCGAUGAGAGUGAGCUGUCUGUCUCCUUGUCUGAGAAAAAUCCAUCGGAAAAGAGCGCUGAGAGUGACCUGAAGCGGAAGUCUAGCAUGAGUGAUCUUCAUCAUGCCUAUGAGGCCUCUGAAGGGCAAAGUUCAUAG